AUGGUGAGCACAUACCUCCUGCCCGAGACGCCCAAUCGCACUCCGCCGCCGGGGACAAGGAAGCGCCAGAAAGAGAGAGCUACAUGGCUUUCGGGAAGCUUAGCAAUUGCGCUGUAUGACCGGUGGCUAGCCACCUCCGUCCGCUCCAUCAAGUCCCUCGUCCCCCUCCUUGACCGCGUCCUCGUCCAGCGCGUCAAGGCCGAGGCCAAGACUGCCUCCGGCAUCUUCCUCCCCGAGUCCUCCGUUAAGGACCUCAACGAGGCCAAGGUUCUCGCCGUUGGCCCCGGUGCCCUCGACAAGGACGGCAAGCGUCUCCCCAUGGGUGUCAACACUGGCGACCGCGUCCUUAUCCCUCAGUACGGCGGUUCCCCUGUCAAGGUCGGCGAGGAGGAGUACACCCUCUUCCGCGAUAGCGAGAUCCUUGCCAAGAUCAACGAGUAA